AUCACAUCUUCGCGUCAUUUUGAGAGGAUGGUCACAGCUGUUUUCCUGUUGCUUCAGUAGUCUAACAAAAAACUUCGAAGAGACUAGUAGCCUAUGGACCACUGAUCCAGGAUAUAAUGUAGGCGUCUUUAUUUUAUCCAUCUACGAUCCAUCAUGCGCAACACCCGGAUGUUGCAAUGCAAAGAUGUUUGUGGUGUAGCUACUCUCUGGGGUUCUGUAGGAUUUAUUAAAUGUUGUUGUUGAAUACUUUGGUUUAUCGUUUAUUGUUACAUUUUUUGAUAUUUUUUUUACUGUGUUGGAAUUAAAACGGCGUCUCAAUGUGGAUAAGAGGAUGCAAGAAGCAGAGGAACAGCCCGAAGGGGCACAGUAUGCUAGCAGCAAAAGAGCCCCUCCCUCUGGUGACACGUCGGCCCUCGGGUCAGAAAACCCCUCGCACUCGCAGCCCGAACCCUGCACCCAGACCGGCACUAUCUCCUGGCAGGCCGCAAUCCAUGCUGCUCGUAACGCCCAGGGCGACGCUCCCCAGGGCAUGAGCGCCCGCCCCUCUGUCCCUGGGGCCACACCUGCCCCGGUGGGCUCACUGUCACAGAGGAAGAGGCAGCUGUACGCCAAGAGCAAGAAGCAGGGCGGCUCCACCAACAGCAGACCGCCCAGGGCACUGUUCUGCCUCACCCUCAACAACCCCAUCCGCAGAGCUUGCAUCAGCCUGGUGGAGUGGAAACCCUUUGAUAUCUUUAUACUGCUCUCUAUUUUUGCCAACUGUGUGGCCUUAGCUGUUUACAUCCCCUUCCCAGAGGACGACUCCAACUCCACCAACCACGACCUGGAAACAGUAGAAUAUGCCUUCCUAAUCAUUUUUACUAUAGAGACCUUUCUGAAGAUCAUAGCGUAUGGUUUAGUCAUGCACCAGAACUCCUACGUAAGAAACGGAUGGAACAUGCUGGAUUUUGUCAUUGUCAUAGUAGGGUUGUUCAGUGUAGUUCUGGAGGUGAUAACCAAAGAGGGGGAUGCCGGGGGCCAGGGGGGUAAACCGGGAGGCUUCGACGUCAAGGCCCUCCGAGCGUUCCGGGUGCUCCGCCCCCUCCGCCUUGUCUCAGGAGUACCCAGUUUGCAGGUAGUGUUGAACUCCAUCAUUAAAGCCAUGGUUCCUCUGCUCCACAUCGCUCUGCUCGUCCUCUUCGUCAUCAUCAUCUACGCCAUCAUCGGCCUCGAACUCUUCAUCGGCAAGAUGCACGCCACCUGCUACCUGGUGGGCACCGGUAUUCUGGCAGAGGAGGAGCCUGUUCCGUGUGCGGUGUCAGGCCAUGGGCGCCAGUGCAGGAUGAAUGGGACUGUGUGUAGGGAAGGAUGGCACGGCCCCAAUGGUGGCAUCACCAACUUUGACAACUUCCUGUUUGCCAUGCUCACUGUUUUCCAGUGUAUCACCAUGGAGGGCUGGACUGAUGUUCUGUACUGGAUGAACGAUGCCAUGGGUUCUGAGCUACCCUGGGUCUACUUCGUCAGUCUGGUCAUCUUCGGUUCCUUCUUUGUUCUGAACCUGGUUCUGGGAGUGUUAAGCGGAGAGUUCUCCAAGGAGAGAGAGAAGGCCAAGGCUCGUGGAGACUUCCAGAAGCUGAGAGAGAAGCAGCAGCUGGAGGAGGAUCUGAAGGGCUACCUGGACUGGAUCACUCAGGCCGAGGACAUCGACCCUGAGAAUGAUGAGGAGGAGGACGAGGAGGGGGGCAAACGCAAUCACCAAGGGGUGACACUGGCUGAGCUAAUGGAGAAGAAGAGAGGGAAGUUUGGCUGGUUCAGCCAGUCCACAGAGUCACAUGCAAGCGUGCCUGCCAGCGAGACAGAGUCUGUGAACACUGACAACCCCAAUGGAGAGGACGAUAAGGCUAACUGCUGUGGACCACACUGUCGGCGAUGGCGUCACUGGAACCGGUUCUGCCGCAGGAAGUGUCGUGCUGCCGUGAAGUCGGUGUCUUUCUAUUGGCUGGUGAUCAUCCUGGUGUUUCUGAACACGCUCACCAUCUCGUCAGAGCACUACAACCAGCCUGACUGGCUCACUGAAGUACAGGAUGUGGCCAACAAGGUUCUGCUGGCUUUGUUCACGUGUGAGAUGCUGGUGAAAAUGUACAGUCUGGGCCUGCAGGCCUACUUCGUGUCCCUGUUCAACCGCUUCGACUGCUUCGUGGUGUGCGGCGGCAUCGUGGAGACCAUCCUGGUGGAGCUGGCCAUCAUGUCUCCUCUGGGCAUCUCUGUGUUCCGUUGUGUCCGCCUGCUACGCAUCUUCAAGGUCACACGCCACUGGGCAUCUCUCAGUAACCUGGUGGCGUCGCUGCUCAACUCCAUGAAGUCCAUCGCCUCCCUCCUGCUCCUGCUCUUCCUCUUCAUCAUCAUCUUCUCCCUGUUGGGCAUGCAGCUCUUCGGAGGCAAGUUCAACUUCGACGAGACGAUAACCAAGAGGAGCACCUUCGACAACUUCCCCCAGGCGCUACUCACAGUGUUUCAGAUCCUGACAGGCGAGGAUUGGAACGCUGUGAUGUAUGAUGGCAUCAUGGCGUACGGUGGACCCUUCUCAUCAGGCAUGGUCGUCAGCAUCUACUUCAUCAUCCUCUUCGUCUGCGGAAACUACAUCCUGUUGAACGUCUUCUUGGCCAUCGCCGUUGACAACCUGGCAGACGCAGAGAGCCUGAACACAGCCCAGAAGGAGGAAGAGGAGGAGAAGGAGAGGAAGAAGAGUUCCAGAAGUGACACAGACAAGACAGAGGAUCUGAAACCUGAAAGCCAGGAUGGGGAGAUCAAGCUUCCAUUGGAGGAGGAAGUGGAAGAGGAGAAGGAGCCGUAUCCCACUCCAGAUACUCCAGUUGGUGAUGAUGACGACGAUGAUGACGAUGAUGAGCUCCCGGAGGUUCCGAUUGGGCCACGCCCUCAGAGGCUGUCGGACCUCAGCGUCAAGGAGAAGACUCCGCCCAUCCCUGAGGGCAGCGCUUUCUUCAUCUUCAGCAACACUAACCUGGUCCGGGUGGCCUGCCACAAGCUGACCAACCACCACAUCUUCACCAACCUCAUCCUGGUCUUCAUCAUGCUGAGCUCUGUGUCUCUGGCUGCUGAGGACCCCAUACGCAACUUCUCGGCACGCAACAUCAUCCUAGGCUAUGCAGAUUAUGUCUUCACUAGUAUGUUUACCUUUGAGAUCCUGUUGAAGAUGACAGCGUUUGGGGCUUUCCUCCAUAAAGGAGCCUUCUGCAGGAACUACUUCAACCUGCUGGACCUACUGGUGGUGGGAGUCUCUCUGGUGUCCUUCGGCAUUCAGUCGUCCGCCAUCUCGGUGGUGAAGAUCCUGCGUGUGCUGAGGGUGCUGCGGCCCCUGAGGGCCAUCAACAGAGCCAAGGGCCUCAAGCAUGUGGUCCAGUGUGUAUUUGUGGCCAUCAGGACCAUUGGUAAUAUCAUGAUCGUCACCACGCUGCUACAGUUCAUGUUCGCCUGCAUAGGAGUGCAGCUCUUCAAGGGCAAGUUCUAUCGCUGCACAGACGAGGCCAAGUCCAGCCCGGAGGAAUGCAAAGGCACAUACAUCCUGUAUAAGGAUGGCGACACAGUGUUGCCUGCGGUCAGGGAGAGGAUCUGGUACAACAGUGACUUCAACUUUGACAACGUCCUCAUGGCCAUGAUGGCUCUGUUCACCGUCUCUACGUUUGAAGGCUGGCCUGCUCUGCUGUACAAGGCCAUCGACUCCAACAGAGAGAAUAUGGGUCCCAUCUACAACUACCGCGUGGAGAUCUCCAUCUUCUUCAUCAUCUACAUCAUCAUCAUCGCCUUCUUCAUGAUGAACAUCUUUGUCGGUUUCGUCAUCGUCACCUUCCAGGAGCAGGGAGAGAAAGAGUACAAGAACUGUGAGCUGGACAAAAACCAGCGUCAGUGUGUAGAGUAUGCUCUGGUCGCUCGUCCACUGCGGAGGUACAUCCCUAAGAACCCCUACCAGUAUAAGUUCUGGUAUGUGGUUAACUCCACUGGCUUUGAGUACGUCAUGUUCGUUCUCAUCAUCCUCAACACACUGUGUUUGGCGAUCCAGCACUAUGGCCAGUCCCACCAGUUCAAUUACGCCAUGGACGUCCUCAACAUGGUCUUCACUGGCGUCUUCACCGUGGAGAUGAUCCUCAAACUGAUUGCCUUCAGACCCAGGGGGUAUUUUGGAGACGCCUGGAACGUCUUCGAUGCCCUGGUGGUGAUCGGCAGCGUAGUCGACAUCAUUCUCAGUCAGCACUAUUUCGCUGAUGCAUGGAACACGUUUGAUGCCUUAAUUGUUGUCGGUAGCGUCGUUGACAUUGCAAUCACAGAGAUCAAUGCCCUGCCAGUGGUGAAGGUGAUUGUGGAGCCAGUGAACACAGAGGACAGCGCUCGCAUCUCCAUCACAUUCUUCCGCUUGUUCCGAGUCAUGCGAUUGGUCAAGCUGCUCAGCAGAGGGGAGGGCAUCCGAACGCUCCUGUGGACCUUCAUCAAGUCCUUCCAGGCUCUUCCCUAUGUUGCCCUCCUGAUAGCCAUGUUGUUCUUCAUCUACGCUGUUAUCGGAAUGCAGGUGUUCGGAAAGAUCGCCAUGGUAGACGGCACACGGAUAAACCACAACAACAACUUCCAGACCUUUCCUCAAGCUGUCCUGAUGCUCUUCAGGUGUGCUACAGGCGAGGCGUGGCAGGAGAUCAUGCUGGCAUGUCUGCCAGGGAAGCUGUGUGACUCCGAGUCAGACUACAACCCCGGAGAGGAGAGAACCUGUGGCAGCGGAUUCGCCGUCAUCUACUUCAUCAGCUUCUACAUGCUCUGCGCCUUCCUGAUCAUCAACCUGUUUGUGGCUGUCAUCAUGGACAACUUUGACUAUCUGACGCGUGAUUGGUCCAUUCUGGGCCCUCACCACCUGGAUGAGUUUAAAAGGAUCUGGUCUGAGUACGACCCUGAGGCUAAGGGCAGGAUAAAGCAUCUGGAUGUGGUUACCUUGCUGAGACGCAUCCAGCCUCCUCUCGGCUUCGGCAAGCUGUGUCCACACAGAGUGGCCUGCAAGAGAUUGGUUGCCAUGAACAUGCCCCUGAACAGUGAUGGCACGGUCAUGUUUAACGCCACCCUGUUUGCCUUGGUGAGGACCGCUCUGAAGAUCAAGACCGAAGGCAACCUGGAGCAGGCCAAUGAGGAGUUGCGAGCGGUCAUCAAGAAGAUCUGGAAGAGGACCAGCAUGAAGCUGCUGGACCAAGUGGUGCCCCCUGCUGGCGAUGAUGAGGUAACCGUGGGGAAGUUCUAUGCCACCUUCCUGAUACAGGACUACUUCAGGAAAUUCAAGAAACGCAAAGAGCAAGGCCUGGUGGAAAUAAACUCAUUCACCAGCCUGAACUCCACCAUCGCCCUCCAGGCCGGUCUCCGCACACUGCAUGAUAUUGGGCCUGAAAUCCGCCGAGUCAUAUCAUGUGACCUGCAAGACGAGGGCCUUGUAGACAUUAACGCAGAAGACGGCGACGAGAUUUAUAGGAGGAACGGCGUGAUCUUCUCCAACCACACCAAUCACGUUAACGGGAACCACCGGGGUUCCGCCCACCAGACAAAGGUCACUCAGCGGCCCCUCCAGGUCCCUCCGCCUUCCUGCCACGCCUCCGGGGAGCCCUCCCAGGUCGGCUCUGAGGAGAGGGCAGGCGAACCCCACUGGUACAACUACUACUACCCCAAAUCCCCCAUAUCCUCAAACGCCAACCUUAACAAUGCCAACGUGCACCCUGUGCCCUCCCUGAACAACGGGGGGCAGCGCCGCUGUCUUCACCGUGACCACCCGUCCGCUAAUGGGGCACCCUCUUCCAGCUCGCACCGCAAGAUUGUUGACUUCGACACCCACACCACGGUCCAAUCUGCAAGGAGGCGCUACUAUGAGACCUACAUUAGGUCAGAAUCAGGGGGUGUUCGUUACCCUACCGUUCGUAGAGAGGAGCCAGGAAGGGCAGACAGUGAUGAUGACAGGGGCUCUGGAGAAUACUUCAGCGGGGAGGAGUACCAGGAGGAUAAUAUCAUGUUGCACAAAGACAGGAUGUCCCGUAAGGAGUAUCGAGACCAUCAAACUAACUUUGACACAGAGGCGUCCAGGGAUUACCAUCAACCGGACAGUGUCUAUGAUGACCACCAGCAAUCCGUUUACCAGGAUGGUGGGUGGUCGCCGAAGCAAAGGUUGCUCCCCUCUACACCCCAGGCCCUCCACCGACCCUCAUUCAACUUUCAUUGUCUGCGGAAACAAAGCAGCCAAGACGAUGACAUCCCCUUGACCCCUUCCAUUCCCCUUCGAACAGCUCUACCCCUGCAUCUGCUGCAGCAGCAGGUGAUGGCGGUGGCUGGCCUGGACUCCAGCAGAGUCCAGCGUCUCUCUCCAUCACGCUCUCUACGCUCCUGGGCCACGCCCCCCGUCUCCCCCAGCUGCAGGGACCACUCCCAUUACUACACACCCCUCAUCCAGGUGGACUGGCGUGGGCUGAGCAGUGUGAGCAGCACCCCUGGCUCUGUGAGAAGGAGCACCUGGUAUACUGACGCCCCAGAAGCACCCCUAAACCGUACCUACUCCCCCUCACAGCUCCAGAUCCCACCAGAAUACCGCAGGCAGUACCACCAGAACAGAGGAAGUGCUAACAGCCUAGUGGAGGCUGUGUUGAUUUCAGAAGGACUGGGGAAAUACGCCAAGGACCCCAAGUUUGUGUCGGCGACCAAGCACGAGAUCGCGGACGCCUGCGAGAUGACCAUCGACGAGAUGGAGAGUGCCGCCAGCAACCUGCUGAACGGCAGUAUGGGUAAUGGGGCGGGGGCAACGGACACAGUGACUUCCACGAGCCUCGGGGAGCGCAAUCUCGAGGACUACAGCGAUGAGGAGCCGGACACGCGCGGGAAAUACGAGGAGGAUCUGACUGAUGAGAUGAUAUGCAUCAGCACCCUAUAGCAGUCACUCACACUAGACACAGGCUGCGUCUGACAUGGCACCCUAUUCCCUACAGUGUGCUUCUAGUGCACUAUAUAGGGAGCGAUGUGCCUCUUGGAUGCAGCCAACAACAAUACAAACAAACAAGAGAACAAAGUGCCUUUCUUUCUGGAUGAAAACACUGCCAGCUGGAGAGGAGUGGAGGGAUGGAGUGGCACGCCAAAGAUCCAACUUCAGAGGAGUCCCGCCCCUUCCUCUCCGUCUGUUUUGCAGCACCCAAUGAAACAGAGUGAAAGAGGGGGUUGUCCCAAAGGGGAUGCAGUAAUGUUGGGUUUCCUCCUCAACGACUUCAUACAGAAAUCACAUAUCAGUGAAAUUAAGUUCCAGUCCUCAGCCAUAUCCCCCCUGCCUCCCGUUUGCCUUACCGUCUGCACAAAGAUACUAAGAGUAGUCAAUCAUAGACGGCGAGUGGCGGCCAUUUUACAGACCGCAUUUUGAAACUGUGACCAACCAACAUGAGAAAACGGUGUACUCCAAUAUCACACUCACUCCUGCCCAACCAAUCAAUCUUCAGGGAUGACUUAGCAGCCAUAAUAUUUUAAUGAAAGGAAAAUCUAUUAAGUUGUAGAUGUAUUUUAAACCCUCUAAGAAAAAUUGAUUAUUUGAAAGAGAUACUUUAUAUGUAGUUAUUUAUGGAUCGUUACAGGUAUAACAUAUUCCCCAUGCCUAUGAAAUAGAUAAGUAUCGUUUUAUUUGGAAUGAAUAUGAAAUGAUAUUUUAUGUUUAGCCUUUUUUUCACUACUUUAUGGGGAAUCAUGUUGAAUACUUUACCUGAAGUGGACAUACAGUAUGUUUCUACAGAAAUAGGGUUUGCCAUUUACCAGCUUAGCUCACUGCCAACAGAAAAAAAAAUAGUAACGCCAGGUUAGUGGGUUUAAUUCCCAGGAUCACCCAUACGUAAAAUGUAUGCACGCAAUGACUAAGACGCUUUGGAUAAAAGCAGCUUCUGAAGGGCAUACAUAAGGACAACUUGGUACUAUCAUGGAAAUGUGUUUGUCCUCCCAACGAAAGUGCUCUUUCAAAAAACACCAAAAGAGAAAAUAUAUGCUUUAAAAGACACAGCUAUUGCCAAUAAAGCUGUACAAUUAAAAUGCGUUUUCCCAAACUUGUGACCCGGGUUCAUGUUGACCUAGACGUCAGGGAUCUUUGUGAAAUGGCGGCACGAAAUGUAAAUUCCUUGCCAAUGGAGUAUUGUUUACAACUACUAGGGUUUCCUCAGCAUAACUAGCAGCUUUCUCUCGACACAGAACAACGCUCUCAGUUCAACACAUGAAUGGUGGAGGGCAUUUUAAGAUGGCCGCCAAUAGUGACGGCCACUCUCUGGGUGUUUUGACGAAUGGGGUUAAAUUCCUGACAUAGUGGUAACAAUACCCACUGCGUUAGAAGUUAUCACUGGUUCAAGUAUAUUUCAAAUGUAAUUAAGAUGGUGAGACUGUACUUUUCCUUGUAUGUCGUUACUGAGACCUUUGAAUCGGUGACCUGCCAAGUGAUACGUGACGGUAUAUUCCAUUAAAAUCAUCUUUAUUUA